GAGCUGAACUAUAUGAUACCUGUCAAGUGUCAAGUAUCGACGAUUGGAUUCUAAGAAGUGCAUAUGGGCAGCCUCGCAGGAAGAUCAUCCAAAUCAGGCCAGUUAUCGGCAAGGAACAUGUUCUAGACAAAGUCAAACAGGUCUAGAAGGUCAGACUCCAUGACCGAUAUGCCCAUGCUCCUGCAGUGUCACCACUCGCCGUCCACACGGAACGCUGUCUCCAGCCCAGCAUAUGCAAGCUCCCGAAGCCAACGUCGCUUUGAGAGCAUGACAUGGAUAGUAUCCAUUGAAACCUAUGCUCAGCCGUCUCGGAGCACUAUUUACUUUCUGCUUGCAGCUUGCUGCGUUGCUGCACAUUUAACCAAGAGAGGAAGCUACCUUAGCUUCCUGGCCCUUAAUACUACCAUUUAUCGUCAUAAUGCAGCUUGACCUCAACAACUUUUGGAUGAUCGAAGACAAUGCUCAUUGAUGUGAAAUCACCGACCCAACCGUAAUGUCAGUAUAGAACACCUAUUCCAGCACCAUGCAA